UCUUUUGAAUUUGUUUGAAUUAUAUACGAAGCUUCUUGUCAUUGACUUGUAUAAAACUUAAAUGGCCCAAUGGCUUUUCAAAUUCCAACAUGCAAUUUAAAAUAUUAUAAGAAGUUAGACUAGAAUUUCAUUUAUAUGAUCAUUACUUGACCAACCAAGCUUAUUCUGCUCUUUGUUCAGUUUUUGAGUUCUAUCAUUGUUAGAUAUUUUCUUCAAAAACAAAAGAGAGAUGCAGACCACUGAGGAGCAGAAGAUUCAACAACAAGAAUUCGUUGGCGCAAAUUCGAUUCAGCGGGUAGGAAAUCCAUGGAGUACUGGACUAUUUGAUUGCCAUGAGAACCAGACAAAUGCUAUUAUGACAGCAUUUUUGCCUUGUGUAACAUUUGGACAAAUAGCAGAAGUAUUGGAUGGUGGAGAAUUGAGUUGUCCGUUGGGAAGCUUCAUUUACCUGCUAAUGAUGCCUGCUUUGUGCACUCAAUGGAUUAUGGGGUCAAAGUACAGAAAAAAGUUAAGGAAAAGGUAUGAUUUGGUGGAUGCUCCAUAUACAGAUGUGAUUUCACACAUCUUUUGUCCAUGUUGUUCACUAUGUCAAGAGUUCAGAGAGCUCAAAAUUAGAGGACUUGACCCUGCUCUUGGGUGGAAUGGUAUUCUUGCAGAACAACGAUCAAAACAGCCAAGUAAUCAAACAUUGAAGAAUCCUCCCUCAGACCAAUUCAUGUCCAAGUGACCACAGUAGCUGUCAAAAUCAUGAUAAUUGUAUUUCUUUUUAUUGGUUUUUGGGUGUUGAUGUUUGAAGCUUGUAACUGAAUUAUAAGAAAAUAAAGCCAUAAUUUGGCAAUUUCACA